CCUUCAAUCCCGAUAUUGAAAGCUGCUCACGCGCAUCUCAAAAUCAUCCAUCUUGCAGGAGAAGUUCCUGCAGGUUCUCUUGCGCCAUGAUGCAGAAUGCAGACAUACUGGGGGCAGGCAGUAGGGGGCCAAGGUGAGCAGCCACACUCCGACGGGGAGCCAGCCCUGCCCACCACCAUCCCACCUGGGCUUGAACUCCUCAACUCAGCUGCCAAACAAAUCCCAGUGCGGGGGUGUGAUGAAUAUUUCAUCUAUUCCGUCCUCGGGAGCCGCUUACCUUGCCUUCCUUUUUCUAGGGGUGUGGUGGUGUGGGCGCACAGCAGCCAUCCCACAGCGACCAGGACCCUGGGCGGGCCAAAAAGCGGUGACAGGCGCAAAAGAAAUCCCCACUCAGGCUUCACCGCAUACCCACUUGGUAGGCCACAACUGGGACCAACUGGAACCAUUACAGAGACCACACUUCAGCACUGCAUCUGACGCUUGUCCAGGAUUAGCUGGCCUGGGUGGGCCAACCCCUCCAAUUUUCUUGCCAGUCACCUCACUUUUGACCAUUGUGAGCGCCACUUUCACGAGGGGUUUGUCUCUCUCAUUAUCAUUUUCCUUUUGGGCUGGAUGUGAGAAUACGCGAACCCGCUGGUCGGACAGUUGCACAUUUUCUUUGGAGCGGGAGAAGGGCAGAAGGACACACACGACGGUAUCCAUCUGGUCCCAUCUACGGCAGUUGAAAGGAUUUUCAAAGGACGACAUCAACCACACCGCCCCGGACGCUGCUGCUGCAUACAAUACAUCAUUCAAAACCACAGCCAUACCAUGCCCCCGCAACAAAGGUGACAUUCAGGUAUCUAAGCGCUAGGACAAGAGGAAUUCCCCGAGAACCCAACUUCUUUUAUAUAGACAAAAACCAGUGACAUCGUUUUUUCCUGAAAGCAAGGACAAAAGCAGACACGCGAUGCCCAACCUCUCACCCCCCAACACCCUCCCCCUCGCUCAGCCCCUCACCACCUUCCUCUCCUCCCUCACCGACCUCUACCACACGCUCCUCGCUUCCCUCCAAAAGCGCUUCAAUCCCCACGCAGCCCUCGCCGGAGAUGAGGAUCACCUCCUCAACGGCAUCUGGUUCUUUCUUUUGUUAUUGGAGGCCCUGAUCGUGCUCGGGGUGCUGUUGCAGGCUGU